AUGGAGAUCUACACGGCUGCCGAAGUCGCCCGCCACGCGCAACCAAACGAUUUGUGGGUGAUAUUGAACGAUAAGGUGUAUGAUAUCACUCACUGGCAUGCGUUCCACCCUGGUGGAUCCACAGUCCUGCUGAAAUAUGGAGGUGCGGAUGCUACACAAGCUAGUAACGAUGCCCACGGCUCCUUGAAGAAACCUCCCAGCAUCAUGCCUCGGUACUGCAUCGGCAUCCUGGGAAGCGAGGAGGCCAAGGAAGCCUUGGAGCGGGAGAGGCUGAACAAGUACAUGGCCCAGCAGGCGGCCGCGGGGACGCCUGCGCCGGAAAGCCUUGAGACGGCUGCGGCGGCCUUGGCGGCGGCUGCUCCUGAACCGACUGCGUCAGCUCCGUCUGUGCGCGAGGAGCCUCCACUGCCGCCCCCGGCGCUCGAGCCGGAGCAGAAGGAGGCAGAUCCGAGCGCUUCCUCCAUGGCACGAGCCACCUACACGCUGUUGCUUGAGAAAAUGGCUGCCGAGAGGCAGGCUGCAGAGCGGAUGAUGUCGAAAGCUAAGGCUGCCGUGGGCAAAGCGACGGCCCGGCUGUCGGGGCGCGCGCCAGGUCCUCCAGGCGCUGUAGAGCCCGCGCUUUCGGAGAAGUCGGACGCCAGCGCGAAGGCAUCGCAAGCCAAGUCGCCCAACAAAACGUCCACCACCAAGGAGGGAGCUGAAGCACUCGCGGAGAAAGCUGGUGCCAGCCCCAAUGGCGAUGAGCAGGCUGCAGAGAAAGCGCCUACGGACAAGGCCACCGCUGAUGAGAACGCGGCCAACGGAAAGAAAGAAACGCCUGAGAAGGCAGCUGCAGAGAAGGCGGCCGCGGAGAAGGCUGCUGGUGAGAAGGCUGCUGCGGAGAAGGCUGCGGCUGCUCAGAAGAAGGCUGCUGCGGACAAGGCUGCUGCUGCAGCGGCAAAGGCGGCAGAGAAGGCGGCAGCUGAAAAGGCAGCCGCUGAAAAGGCGGCCGCUGCGAAGGCCGCGGCUGAGAAGGCGGCUGCGGAGAAGGCAGCUAAGGCAGCAGCUGAGAAGGCAGCAGCGGAGAAGAAGGCUGCAGAAAAGAAGGCCGCGGAAAAGGCCGCAGCUGAAAAAGCCAAGGAAAAGGCCGCAGCUGAAAAAGCCAAGAAGGCUGCUGCGGAGAAGGCGGCUGCGGAAAAGAAGGCCGCCGAAAAGGCGGCUGCAGACAAGGAAGCCACUGAGAAGCUGGAGGCAGACAAAGCAGCAGCCGACAAAGCUUUAGCUGAGAAGGCUGAAGCCGAGAAGGCCCUAGCCGAAAUGAAGGCAGCAAAGGAGGAAGCGGAGAGAGCGGUCAAGGAGAUGAAGGAGAAGGCCGAGAAAGUGCAGCGAGAAAAGGAGGCCCUGGAGAAGAAGGCCAAACAGGCGAAGAAGGAGGCGGAGAAGAACUCGCCAAAAUUGCUCAUUGUCUUCAAGUCGCCAGAUGGCCGAGUGCAGAAGACGGUCACCUUCACCAAGCGGCCGUUGGGGGUAUCCUGCAAAAUGGAUUCGAUGCCGAUCGUCGUCGGCGAGAAACCUGUGGGCGAGGCCGCCGACGCUGGGAUUGGAGAGGGCUGGAUCCUCUGCCAGGUGGGCACGGAGCCGGCCAACCUUCGGAAUUUUCCACAGUCGGCAAACGAGUCCUAUGCAGAGAUCCAGGAGACCUUUCGGUACCUCGGGCAGUGCACGAAGGCUUUGCCCCAGGCGUCUUGA